GAUAUCUCUCUCCCCUCAGGCUUUCCGACCAGUCAAGCUCUUCCUCUACCGAAAAAAAAAAAAAAAAACCAGGAAAACAUCUCUUCCUUCUCCUUCUGCUUUCUCGAUCUGCAAGUCAAUCUCCCGAAUCUCUCUUGUUUUAGAUCCGAUCCGACCGUUGAUCUUUUUCCCCCUUGGGUUGAUCUGCUGUCUGCUUUCGUCCGCCAUCUGUCGGAGGGUGAGAUCGAUUUCAAGGUUUUUAGUUCUCUUCUGUCCAUUGGGGUCUGAUCGGAGAUGAUCGGUAUUUAUUUUAGAAGACAAGACCUGUUUUCGAUUUGAGCUCUGAUCCAAAGUGUUUUUAGGGUGUGAGCAUAAUCCGGAAUAGGUUAAAGGGUUUUUAGACCAAGUUGGGGUCCCUUGAAGACAACGGAAUAUGUGCGUGUUCUCUUGCCGACGGACGGAGGGUUUGUUACCGGUUCAAUCAAGCGCCUUCCUCAUCGUCGGUCUUUUUGAAUCUGGCUGAUGAGGAGUGUUCAAUUGAGCACGGAAGGCACUGGGAACAAAGGGUCGUCGGAGCUGAACUUCCACCCCUCGCGAGAUGGGCACAAGGAAGUUAGGAACGGUGUCGUGGGAGAGGGUCACGGCUUCUCAGAAGAAGAUGAGUCGAGGGUUAACGGGGUGGCCGAAGACGUGAAAAAUAACCGCGGAGUGAUUGUGCGGGUCAUCCAGGCUGAUCUGCAGCAGCAGCAUCCACAGCAGCAGCAGCCUCUGGGACCCAUAGUUCGAUGGGAGAGGUUUCUUCCCCUCCGGUCGCUCAAGGUUUUGCUAGUGGAGAAUGAUGAUUCGACUCGACAAGUGGUCAGCGCCCUGCUUCGUAACUGCAGUUAUGAAGUUACUACAGCGGCAAAUGGUCUCCAAGCCUGGAAAAUCUUAGGAGAUCUAACCAAUCAUAUUGACCUUAUCUUGACUGAGGUAGUCAUGCCUUGUUUAUCUGGUAUCGGUCUUCUAAGCAAGAUUAUGAGCCACAAAACUUGCAAGAAUAUCCCUGUGAUUAUGAUGUCAUCUCAUGACUCUAUGGGUAUAGUCUUUAAAUGUUUGUCAAAGGGUGCAGUUGACUUUUUGGUGAAGCCUAUUCGAAAGAAUGAGCUUAAAAACCUUUGGCAACAUGUUUGGAGGAGAUGCCACAGUGUGAGUUGGUCUAGUGGUAGUGGCAGUGAAAGUGGCAUUCAAACACAAAAGUCUGCAAAGUCAAAGAGUGAUGACGAAUCUGACAACAAUACUGGCAGCAAUGAUGAAGAUGACAAUGCAAGCAUUGGUUUGAAUGUCAGGGAUGGAAGUGAUAAUGGAAGUGGCACUCAGAGUUCCUGGACAAAGCGGGCGAUAGAAGUUGACAGCCCCCAACCAAUGUCACCUUGGGAUCAGUUAGCUGAACCCCAUGAUAGUACCUGUGCCCAGGUUAUCCAUCCAAAGCCUGAAACAUUCUGCAACGAAUGGGUGCCAAUGACUGCAAUUAGGAACUGCCAAGAAUCAAAGGAACAACUACUUGGUAUUCACAAAACUGACAAUGUUGAAAUGGGCAAAGACUUGGAAAUUGGAGUACCUAGAAAUCCAGAUUUGGAGCUUGAAUCUUAUCCAAAAGAAAAGGUCUCAACCAAGAUUUCAGGCGGAAAGGAUAAAUUGCCCCAACAAGACCCCAAGAAAGACAUGCAAUCAAAUGACAAUCUGCUGGAGCUCAACAGCAACAGCCCAUCGAGCAAACUCAGGGUCCAAGCCGCCGAUCUGAUUGGUGCAAGCAAUCAGAUCUCAGAAAAUAGAGUUGCUGAGGCUCCAAACUACCUCUCCAAGACCUCGGAAAUCAAAGAUAAAGCAACUUCUUAUCCUCAAUUACCAUCCCUUGAGCUGAGCUUAAAGCGGCUGAGAUCAGUUGGAGAUGACAGAAUUGCCACUCAAGAAGACCGGAAUGUUUUGAGACGUUCAGAUCUGUCAGCCUUUUCAAGGUAUACUACUGCAAAUGCUUCUAGUCAGGCUACUGGAUGUGGGGGAAGCUCUUCUCUUCCACUUGAUAAUAGCUCAGAUGUGGUGAAGAUAGAAUCCGUAUACAAUUUACAAUCUAAUCCAAAUGUUGCUCUUAACCAGAGCUCCAAUGGCAGUAGCAACAACAAUGACAUGGGCUCCACAACUAAAAAUGCCUUCACCAAGCCAGCAGCUCUAAAGGAUAAGUCAAUAUCCGUGCCAACAGCUAAGAGUGUGCAGCCAUCCUCUGCCUUCCAGCCUGUGCAGCAGUGCCACAGUUAUCCACCUCAGAAAGUCAUGCCAGAGAAGGUUGAUGUUGUGGCUGCUGCUGCAGUAGGACAGCCGACAGGGGCUCAACGUCAGGUCCAGGUCCAACACCACCAUCACCAUUACCACCACCAUCACCACCAUGUUCAUAGCAUGCAACAGCAGCCAUCGGCAGACCCUGAUGACUUGUCCCUGAAGAACAUGGCAGCGGCUGCCCCACAAUGUGGGUCAUCAAAUGUGUUUGGUGAACCCAUGGAAGGUAAUGCUGGAAAUUAUAGCCUUAAUGGCAGUGUCUCAGGCAGUAAUCAUGGGAGCAAUCAUGGGAGCAAUGGGCAAAAUGGAAGCAGCACCGCUGUGAAUGCUGGAGGGUUAAACAUAGAGAGUGAUAAUGGGGUGGUUGGUAAAAGCGUAGCUGCUGGUGUAAGUGGGAGUGGGAGUGGUGUGGAUCAAAACCGGUUUGCACAAAGAGAGGCUGCCCUAACCAAAUUCCGGCAGAAGAGAAAGGAAAGAUGUUUCGAAAAGAAGGUGCGUUACCAAAGCAGGAAGAGACUGGCGGAGCAGCGGCCGCGCGUGCGUGGGCAGUUCGUGCGACAGAUUGUUUAUGAGCACACGAGCCGGGAAGUUGAUAGCUAACCUUCGUUCAUGUUGCCAUGUGUUUUAUGUACAUGAGGUUAGCAGUAGGAUUUAGAUUCCAUGGUUAGGAGGCAGUUGUUGGGUAGAUAAAAUAGAAAACAGGGAGAAUCCUUAUUGGAAGGACCCAGAAAAGGACUCUUUGAGUGUGUUCUAGUAGGAACUUAGUGACUACUAUAGGGAAGGGUAUCACCCUUUAAAAGGGUAGCCUUCCUCUGCCUCAAAUAAAGUUGUAGUUGUUGCUGGUGUGGUAGUGGUUGUUGUUGUGUAAAUCUGUUCUUACAAAUGGUGUGAUUGUUUGGAACUAGCAAGGGAGCUAAACCAUCAAUGGAGAAAGCUUCUUGUUGGUUUGCA